AUGACUGUCCAGAAACUGGUGGCCACAGCAGCGCUGGUGGCCCUGGUCUCUCUUGUCCUCAACAACGUGGCGGCCUUCACCCCCAACUGGGUGUACCAGACGCUGGAGGAUGGGCGCAAGCGGAGCGUGGGGCUGUGGAAGUCCUGCUGGCUGGUGGACAGGGCCCGGGGAGGGCCGAGCCCUGGGGCCCGGCCAGGGCAGGCGGACGCUCGGGACUGUGAAGCUCUGGGCUGGGGCUCUGAAGCGGCAGGCUUCCAGGAGGCUCGAGGCACCGUCAAACUGCAGUUCGACAUGAUGCGCGCCUGCAACCUGGUGGCCACGGCAGCGCUCGCUGCGGGACAGCUCACCUUCGUCCUGGGGCUGGCAGGCCUGCCCCUGCUGUCUCCUGAUUCGCAGUGCUGGGAGGAGGCCAUGGCUGCCGCGUUCCAGCUGGCAAGUUUUGUCCUGGUCAUUGGGCUGGUGACAUUCUACAGAAUUGGCCCGUAUACCAACCUGUCCUGGUCUUGCUACCUGAACAUUGGUGCCUGCCUUCUGGCCACCCUGGCAGCUGCCAUGCUCAUCUGGAACAUUCUUCACAGGAGAGAGGACUGCAUUGGGCCCCGGGUGAUUGUCAUCAGCCGCUCCCUGACCGCACGGUUUCGCCGAGGGCUGGACAACGAGUAUGUGGAGUCACCGUGCUGAGCCUGCUCAGGACUUUAUAACUAAACAGUAUAGAAACUGAAGGGCUGUCUGUGCGGGCGAUUCAUAGGGUUUCCUAUAUAUACAUGUACGAUACACAGCUAUGUUUACUAUAUUAUAUAUAAAUAUAUUAUGUGGUUAUAUAUUGCCUGCUCCACCUCCUUCUGAUGCACCCAUGACUCGGCUUCACUUCUGAGCACAUUCCAAGGAGGAGACCAGCGGCUGAGGUGCAUGGACAGUGGCAGCCAGCUUGUUCUGCAUCUUGGCCUAGGAUUAAUUUAUUCUGUAUCUGCUGAGCGGUGGGUCCUUGGUCAUAUUUACUUUGGUAAAGCAGAAUACCCAGGAAGAUUUUCUGGAACUGUCUGUGGUCUUCCUUGAGUGACUCAGAAUUUACAAUCAGAUGGUUACGGCUUUA